CUAUCAUCAGGAUCAUAAGCGAAAUGAGUUAUCUAACAUUAACUUUCCUUGGAAUUGUCCUUGUGACACAGUCAUACUUUGUUACAUCGAAACCAUGGCCUGUCGACGAUCAAAAAUUUGAUAUAAAUAAUAAAUUGUAUAAAGGUACUCUUGCGAAGUUCGUUAAUUUCGCAACGCAAUGGGGUGAACGAUACGGUAAAGUACUAGAUAGAGUUGUCGAGGAUUUGGAGGCUGAGGGAAAAGGACGGCAAAAUGCAGAUGAAGUGGAACAUUUGAAAGAAAUUGCUGACCUCUCUAAACAUUUGAAAGCUGGUAGCGAUGACGAAACUUUGCGUAAGAUCAUGGACCUCGAUGAAGAAGAAAGCGGUAUUAAACAGUUAAUGGAAAAAUAUUCGAACUUGGACCAUGUCCUCGCUUUAGUGUAUAAAGAUGGCAAAGAUACUGUUACGGAUUUUUAUAAGAAUUUGCUUAAAUUCUUUGAUGGUUUCAAUAAAGCUUUGGAGGAAUUUACUAAGAAUAUUAGUGAGGAGGAAAAAGCCCAGCAUAAACAUUUCUUGGAAUGGUUCAAAAAGUAUGAAGAGGUCAAGGAAAAAUAUGACAUCCUGGAGCAAAGCCGCUUGUUCUUAGACUUCUUUAAAUUUUUCAAUCCCAACGUUUAAAAAAGAUUAAUAACAGCAAAUGCACUUCACACAUAAAUACAAAUGAAGACAUUAUAAACGAUCUAAACGAGAAAAUAAAUUCAAACAAUUUUUUAAUAAACCUAGUGAUUUUUAAUAGUUACGGUCAAGGUGUUACUAACAACACCAAUUUCGUCUAUCUCAUUAUAUAUGUACUUUGUCUUAAUUUUUCCUUUUAGUUAAGUCAAUUCCGUUCAUCACCAUGCCAAUCUACUGUUAAAACUGUUAAACCAA